AUGGAUGAGCGUGAGACGGAGGUGCCUGCCGAAGAUGAGGAAAGGGGUCUGUCAAAGUGUGUUUCUGUGGGUGGGGACAAGGAUGGUGAAGAUGACAGGAGAACGGACAAGCUAGAGCAGGUGAAGGAGUGGAAGAAGCGCUGGCGAAGGAACUGGCCAAAGGAGGCAGAGAAGUUGGUUGAUCUGUUAGAAAAGUUUAUGUCACUGAAUGUAUACUGGAUGAGUCACUGGACUAUCUCCGGUUACAUAGGACCUCGCAUUUUUAUGUUAGACCUGAAAUUGCACCGUCAGGCAACGAUCGUGACGGCGCUAAUGUUAAUCCAGACGCUUAAGGUGGCACAGACCAAUCGCAGAAGCGGCAGGAAGAGUUGA